CUGUCCGGCGGCCUUAUACAUACAUGUAGAUCCAAAAAAGCGUCCGGUUUGUUUGUUUACGUUUGAACAUGGUUUGAAUGUUAUUAAACUUAAACUUAAAAUAAAAAAUAACAAUAAAAUAAAAUAAAACAAUUAAAAUAAUAAAAUAACAACAACAUAUCUUCUAAAGCAAAGCAAGUUUUCCUAUGUGUUUAGACAAACAAAUUGGUUAUUUACACAUUUUUUGAUGCCUGGAGAAGUUCAAAUGGAAGACGAAGCUGAGACUUUCACAUUCCAGGCCAAGAUUGCUCAGCUUAUGAGCUUGAUUAUCAACACCUUCUAUAGUCGAUCUCCAACUCCUCAAAUGCCCUAGACAAGAUCCGUUAUGAAUCCCUGACUGACCCAAGCAAGUUGGACAGAGGUAAGGAUCUUAAAAUCAAGAUUGUCCUCAACAAGAAUGCUGACUCACUCUCGACAUCAACGCAUGAUGUCCACAAGAGCAUCAAACGGUAACGUCACUGUAGGGGAGCGCAUGGAUCCUUACAGUGACUCGAGGAACAGCUCCAGGUUGGAUGAUUCGACUACAACGACGUUGAGUAGUGUCAACUCGACGCUGGAGGACUUGGUGAGACAACAACAACAACCCAAAUCGUUAACUACGGCAACUGAUUCGGACAUGGAGUCCAAGUUUUCGGCCAAGGUUCUGGUAAUGCUGCCCGUCUUCCGCUUCCUGCAGUUGCUGUGUGAGAAUCACAAUCGAGACCUGCAGAACUUUUUGCGGGCCCAGUCCAACAAAAACAGUUACAAUUUAGUGUCAGAGACACUCAUGUUCAUCGACUGCAUUUGCGGAUCGACGACGGGCGAACUGGGUCUGCUCGGCCUCUACAUUAAUGAGCACAACGUCACCCUCAUCAACCAAACCCUGGAAACAUUGACGGAAUAGUGCCAAGGACCUUGUCACGAAAACCAAAACUGCAUCGCCACUCACGAGUCGAAUGGACUGGACAUCAUCAAGGCUCUUCUUCUUACCGACAUCAAUCCAUUAGGACAACGGAGAAUGGAUCUUGUUUUAGAGUUGAAAAACAACGCCUCCAAGUUGUUGCUGGCCGUCAUGGAGAGUCGUGGCGAAAGCGAGAACGCGGAAAGGAUCCUGUACAACAUGAAUCCUCGCCAAUUGGUGGACGUUGCCUGCAAAGCCUAUCACCAAAAGUUGGUCGGUGGAGAAGAGGCGGCCAGUCCCAAAGAAGUCGGCCAGAACAUUUACAUUUUGUGCCACCAAUUGGCGCAGCACAACAAAGAAUUGGCCGCCCUGAUGAAACCGCCGCCAGUGGACGGAGUUAGCGGUGAUGCGGCCCUGCAGUGCUACGCCAAUCACACGGCGCAAAUCGAAAUUGUCCGUCACGACCGGACGAUGGAGCAGAUUGUCUUCCCCAUUCCGGAAAUGUGCGAGUAUUUGACCAACGACACGAAAGUGCGCGUCUUCCACACGGCGGAGCGCGACGACCAGGGAUCGAAAGUGGCCGCCUUCUUCGAAGGAGUCGACAUGUUUGACGAGAUGAAAUGGCAGAAGAAAUUGCGCGGACAGCCGUUCCUCUUUUGGGUCAGCUCGCACAUGUCCAUCUGGAGUCAAAUCCUCUUCAAUUUGGCCGUCAUUAUCAACUUGAUUGUCGCCUUCUUUUACCCGUUUGACACUGACGGACCGGCUCCUGAUCCUGGCACUCACCUCUCAGGUCUCAUCUGGGCCGUCAUGCUCCUAUCCGCCGCUGUGGCCAUCACGUUACCCAAACCGUCGGGUAUCAGGACUCUCGUCAUGACAGUCAUCCUCCGGCUUAUUUCCUCAGCCGGCCCUCAACCCACACUGAUGCUCCUUGGCACCGCCGCGGUAGUGUUGAAGGGCGUCCAUCUGCUGAGCAUCAUGGGCAACGCCGGGACAUUCCAGCGGAGCGUCAGACAAAUCUGCACGGACACGGAGAUUGUCUACCACGUCGUUUACCUCAUCUUUUGCUUCCUCGGACUCAGCACCCAUCCGUUCUUCUUCUCCGUCCUUUUGUUUGACGUCGUCUACCGCAACACAAACUCAGUUUCUCUCAAUUGUUCUUAUUUCAGCGUUUUUGUGAACUGGAAUGAGGGUAUUCAUAUGAUAAAACUAAUCUUAUUGUCUUAAAAUCAUGGCUUUACUACCCUCAUUCUUGGCAUUGUAUAACUACGUGUUACGAGUUGGAAUUUAAUACAACCAAUCGCGGUUUGCUAUAUAAAAA